CGUCGGGCCUUGGAGAAUGGCAGUCAAAAUGGAUGGAGAACUUCUGUCUCUGAAGUGGAACAACCACAGGACCACCUUCUAUCAUGUCAUCAGUGGUCUCCGCAAUAAGGAGACGUACACUGAUGUGACGUUGGCAUGUGAGGGCAAGUUCUACCCCGUCCAUAAACUGGUUCUGUCUACGUGUAGUGAAUACUUUAGUGAUAUUUUUGAACGUACUCCCUGUAAAAACCCUGUGGUGGUUUUAAAAGACAUACAGUGCCGUGAUAUAGAGUUCUUACUAGACUAUAUGUACAUUGGUGAAGUGAAUGUGAGACAGAAUGAACUCUCAUCCCUUAUAAAAGCGGCCGAAUGCCUAAGAAUCAAAGGGUUGGCGGUGCCAGACGAGGAGCCAAAGAAGGCCUCCAGUAAUAGUGUUAGUACAAGUGGAGUGCAACAGAGUGCGAGGCAACGGCCAGAACAGCCCAGUCCGCCAGCCAAGAGACGGAAGGCGGAUGACCGGCGGGCCACCUCUAUAGGAACAGAACACAGCCCAGGUAGACCCCCUGGAGACCCCACUCCCGCCAGCCCAGAUCGCCAGAGCCAUCCCCAGCACCAGCACUCGAGCACUGCGGACUUAGGCAGUGCGAGAGAACAGCCGGACCAGCAGCAGGGCGGUGACGUGAGCACGGACAUCCCAACGGUACAAAUAAAAGUCGAGCAAGACAACUUCGAAACCACAGGCCAAGAUGACUACACCUCGGUUCAAAGUAAUAGCUAUGAUGACGGAGGAGGGGAUGAUGGGGAAGGCCCCCAGGGGUCCGAAGGUAACACCAAUGAGUUCCCAGAGUUCCUCCAGUCGACUGUGGAAAAGGAAGAACCUGUGGCCAUGAGUGACUUUAAUCCUAGUGAUUUCCCCGGGCCUUCGGGUCUACAAAAUAGUGGUUUAGCAACUUGGGAAAGUGAAAAUAGUUCAACAAACUUUGCGGAAGGUCUGUCUGGGGCUGUUGCAGCUGCCGUUGCUGCAGCAUCCCAGCCUCAGCGACAGCAACAACAGUUGUGUCGCCAGUGGUUGGAACAGCUGCGCAGGGUGGGGUCCAUGAAGGGCAAGGCCAAGGUCACGUGUCCUCUCUGUGGCAAAGUGUGCAGUCGCAGCGACAAGCUCAAGCUGCACCUCAGGACUCACACUGGGGAGAGGCCGUAUCGCUGCACCUACUGCGACCACCGCAGUCGCACCAGCGACGACCUCAAGCGCCACGUCCGAACCCACACGGGGGAGAGGCCGUACCAGUGCCCCUACUGCCCCUACAGGGCAAGCGACCCGUCCACUAUCCGCUCGCACAAGAAGCACCGCCACCAUGACCUCUUUCACCAGGACCGCUUGAACCAGCACCACCUCGAUCAGACCAAUGUUUUUAAAGUAAAACAAAACAUAAAAAGUCACAGGUUGUUGCCAUUGCCAUUGUCAUCGUCGCCAUCUCAGUCAAAGCUCACACGCAACUCGGACAGCUAUGUGAGAAGUUCCCAGGACACUUGUUUCAGAAAAGAAUCGGCAUGUCUCUGUGUUUGUCGCCGUCACGCUCUGUCGAUGAAGGUGCAGUUGCACGAGUCACAUACGACCACUUCUUCAGGAAGGAGUCUCAGCGUCGGUCCAGAGGGCGCCAGAGACACGGUCCCGGCAGCUCGAAGUGGCCCCGAGCCAGAGAAGUCAUCCCUCACGUGCCCCAUCUGCCACAAGCGCGCCGUCAGCAAGUACUUCCUGAGCGAGCACGUUCGGCAGCACACGGGCGGCUUCGCCUUCGUGUGCACCCAGUGCAACUACAAGACCAACCGCAGCCACGACCUGAAGCGCCACCUUCAGAGCCGCCACUUCGGGGAGCUACAGCGGCCGCACCGGUGCCCCGUGUGCCCCUACCGCACCACGGGCGCCAUCCACCUGCACGCGCACAUCACCUCCAAGCACCCGAACUACGCCCACCCGUAGGGCGCCUCGCUGGCCCGGCAAGGUGCGGAGCCGAGAGCUUCAGUCAGCUGGAGUCUCGCUGUCAUGCUGUUCUCAGAAAACUGUCUGGUCUGCCAAGUCGAGACUUAGGGAUACAUGUGGUCUCUGCCUCGCUAGGAAGGUCCUGUCUCGUAGUA